UCCACCAAGUUUAUCUUCCUUUCUCUCACUACUUGUCUAAUAACUUAUACCACCGCCAUACCUCUACUUUUUCUCUAGAGAUAUACAACAAAACCCAACCUGUCUUUCGUUUCCAUCCACGCAUCGGAGCUGGAGAGGUAUUCUGCUAGACCUACCACCGUCGCUGUUUAAUGAGAAAAUGAUCAAUUGAUGAAUAACCGAACAUGAUACCUGAUAGUUAUAGCUACAAUCCUCUAAGUCGUGGUUGAUUAUAACUUGAUAUCCUUUUGGCAGCGGAGAUCGAAUCUUCGGACGAAUUACCUCUGACCAGCAAUUCACUACUUUUUCGCAAACACCGUCACGAUAUCCUAUAGCACCACAAGCUCGACCAUUGAUCUACGUCAUAAAUCCACAAACGUAUCUAGAUUGAAGAAAGACAGAAAGGCACAUUCGAAGACGUUGACUCUUUUGGUCUAUUGGGUUGGAGCUUAGGGGCACGAACCUACGUUGAAGAGUUCCCAGAGUCCGUUGAUCACAGGACUUUCAAUCGCAAUAAAGAAUAAAUAUCGGACUUACUCGUUUCGAUCUAACAUUUUCCAACGCCUACCUCGCUGCGCGGUUCGCAUAUACCCAUAUCCUCAAAGAUCCGCUAUUUUAAUAAUUAAUAUAACCAUUUCGACAAUGGCGCGAAAGCACCCUGUAAUGGCACUAUGGUCCACCGCAUUGUGCUCUUCUCUCGCCAUCCUUAGUACAAUCUCGCCGGCCUCUGCGACUUCAAGUGCUGCAUAUGUGACAGGGACAAACUCUGCGGGAGAGACAGUUCAGCUACUUGACAGUCGAACACCGGCUUUGUUCACAGGAAACUUUGGAGAUUGCAUGGGUGGACAGAGUUUAAUCAAUGUUACGACAUUCGACGCGGCUUACUAUGCCGAUAAUAUGACCGUUUUAUUUCAUCUAGCUGGUAACACGAAUUUACAGAAUGAGUCGGUAAUGAGUAGGUUUUCCUCGAAAGAUGAUUGGUAGGAAGCUGGCUGACCUUGAAAUUAGUACAUAUUGGUGUGCAAGCUUGUAGGUAGAAUGAUCUUUUAUGAAGAUGUGAUACUAAUGUUUGACUCAGAUGGAGAGGAUAGAUUUGAUCUGACCUUCAAUCCAUGUAACGCGAAUUUCGCAAGGUGUGCAAGAUCUCUUUUAAUACCAUGACUUGACUAACCGAGUACAGUCUAUGUCCCAUGAAUAGCAGCAAACCAAUCAAUGGCGAAGCUAUUAUUCCAGUAUCUGCAUCUGAUGUGUCGGGAAUUCCUGCUAUAGCUUUGGUGAUCCCGGAUUUUGAAGGCUCUGCUACUCUACGGGUAUUUUCGAACAGUACACAAACGGAGAUUGCUUGCUUCCAAGCUGUCAUGAGGAAUGGCGCAUCAUUUUCCCACCCGGCUGCUGUCAGCUCAGUCUUGGGAAUAUUCACAGCCAUUGCAGUAUUCUCUUCGUUUGCCACGGCCAUAUACGGAGCUAGCGUACCGCAUAUUAGAACCCACUACGCCCACUCUUUGUCAGUCUUGGUUGUGUUCGAAGUGUUUCAAUCAAUUUUCCUCUCUGGAGCUUUAUCGGUGGACUGGCCCAGUGUUUUGCCGGCAUUCUGGAGUAAUUUUGCUUGGUCGGCAGGGCUGAUUUAUACCCCAUCCAUGAUCAAGUCAGUUAAUAGCUUUACUGGAGUAUCCGGGAACUCGAGUCAAGUCGGCGGUGCGGGGUCUUCUACCAUUAACAAUAACGGUGGGCUGCAACAACAAAUUUAUGGACGUUCUUUAAAAAAGUUGCAAGAGUUUAGCCAUUGGUCCAAAAUGGCAAGAGGAAAUGAGAUGGUCAAGAGAAUAGGGUCAUUGACAAAACGUGCGACCAGCGACAAUUCGACUAAAGGAUAUGACUGGAAUGGAACUCCCGUUAGAGCUGGAUUGCCACUACCUGGAACCUGGUCCAAUUUCACAGGAACUCUCGCAGGUGUUGAUAUUCCGGCACAGGAUACUUUCUUGGUUGGAUUUUUAUGGUACCUGAUCUUAAUUGUUAUUCUUGUUGCCUCCGUGAUUGCCUUCAAGUUUAUCUUGGAAGCGUUGAGCAAGAUGAAAUGGAUGAAGGAAGAUAGGCUCGUGUUGUUCAGGAAGAACUGGGUUAAAUUCGCUGGCCUCAUUGUUCUACGAUCGAUGCUCAUUGCAUUCUUCAUGAUAAUGACCUUGUCCCUUUACCAAUUUUCCUCCGGGGGUACAACAGGCAUCAUCGCCAUUGCAGCCAUCAUCUUCAUAAUAUUCUUCUUCGGAAUUCUUGCUCUUGCCUUCUACGCUUGCUACUUCAGGCUCAGAUUUGGCAAUUACGCCUCGUCUCCCGAUCGAAUACACUUUCAACGAAAGAAAGUGAUGAAAUUUCUCCCAUGGUACGGGGCUAUAAGAGAGAGUAGAAUGGAAGAAGGCGAUAAAGCAAAAUCCUCCGCUUCAAUGUCUUUCUUCCGAGUGCAUUAUAUUGACCAGGAUAAGGAGAGACAAAGUGUACACCAGGAUGAGGAAUACACUGAACGGUUUGGUUGGCUCUCGGCUCGCUAUAGAAGAACCCGUUGGUGGUUUUUUGCAUUUUGGGUUGUUUACCAAUUUGUCAGAGCUUGUUUUCUUGGAGGUGCUCGGGCUAACCCGGCUGCACAAGUAUUCGGCAACCUUGUCGUUGAGAUCAUAGCCUUCAUUGCUAUGAUUUGGCUCAAUCCCUUCGAGGGCGCCCGUAAUACAGCUUUGGCAGUUUACAUGCUUGGAAUCAGUAAGGUUGCCACUGCAGGUCUAUCGGUCGCAUUCCUACCACGAUACAAUGUUGCACGCAUUCCGACCACGGUUAUUGGUGUUAUCAUUAUCGUCAUCCAAGGGUUCCUAACUAUUGGCUUGCUCAUACUUAUCGUUCUCGGGGCCAUUUCAAGCUACAUGUCCAUCAUGCGCAAUCGCGAGGAGUUCAGACCACGUCACCUACAAAAUAUUCGAACGAAAUAUUUCCACCACCUGGAACUAAAGGCCGUUGAUCUUCCGCCACCACCACCACAGGAGCCUGAAGAGCCAAAGGAACCAUAUUUCAGUGUAACUCAAGUUCGCCGAGCUCCUAAGAUCGAAGACGAGGAUAUCGUGCCGGAGAUGCCGGAGAUGAGAGGAAAUCGAGAUCCGAGUACGUCACAGCACUCGUUACCAACGGCUGGUCGAAGCAGAGCCGCUAGUAUGCGCAGCCAAAAUUCAGGUUAUGGCAACGUCCCAUAUGGAGCUCGAGUCCAUCGAGCAAGUUGGAGUUCCAAGGACUUCCAAAACUGGCAGCAGGACGAAAUCACCAGAAGCGAUUCUCCAUUCAAUGCACCAUCGAGACGGACGAGUGCGCAUCGUACUGCUAAUAAUUCUCUUUCUAUGGCUCCGCUUGUACGUCCGAAGAUGUCACAAACAAGCUUAAGGCCCAAUACGCCGAAAAAAGAGAAAACUGCUCAAUAUGCGGAUCAGAGGGUGGGCAAUGCAAGUUAAGCGGAAGUAAUUCUGUUACGAAUUUAUGAAAGGUGAACAUGGGAAAAUGAACAACUGCAGGGGUGUAGUUGAGGCGUCUGGCGUAUAGCCUUCAUCACAAUGUAUAUUGAUGAAGGUUUACUGUUGAAUUUAUGGAUUUUGCAUUCUAGCUAGUACCAUGGAAGGAUUAUAGACCUUGCAUUUGUUGAAAUAUAAAGGCAUAGGCAUUGGUAUAGCAUGGUAUGGAUGGAGUUAUGGGGAUUACAGCGAGUCAAUAUCUAUCCUUGUGAGUUACAGCUCUGAGCGAGUUCAUUCAAUUCACGAAAAUAGCAACAAAUUUUCUAUUCAAUGACUUUAUUAUUCUUGGAUCUGGUGCUUUGAUCUUCUUUGGUAAAACUUUGUGUUGAAAAUAUCAUCUCUCAUUUCUUCCAAAUAUUUCAU